GAAAAAAAAUUGUGAGAAUGAAAUUUCAAAAGAAUUUAUCCUCUGAUUUUAGUAGUGAACACUAAAAGAGAGUUUGUUGUCUAGAGGGGUCCAUCUCAAGUGAUUGACUCACCACCAAAAGCAUUCACUCAUUAAUAUUGAUUUCCAUAAUACCAAAAUGAAGUUAACAACAAAAGCUACACUUACACACAAACCCAACAACAUCUUAUAUACAUAUAUUUGUUCAUGACUCAUAAGAGUUUGGUUCAACCCUAAACAAGAAAAAGAGAGAGAGAGAAACAAAGAUGGAUUAUUAUGGAGGAAAGAUUGGUGGAAGUGAUCAAAGAGGUGGUAGUGGUGGUGGGCCAUGUGGUGCUUGCAAGUUUUUGAGAAGAAAGUGUGUAAAAGGUUGCAUAUUUGCACCCUAUUUUGAUUCAGACCAAGGAACGGUUCAUUUUGCAGCUGUUCAUAAGGUGUUUGGUGCUAGCAAUGCCUCUAAGUUACUCAUGCGUAUUCCAGUUCAUAAACGUCUUGAUGCUGUUGUUACUCUUUGUUAUGAAGCUCUUGCUAGGGCUAGAGAUCCUGUUUAUGGUUGUGUUGCUCAUAUCUUUGCACUUCAACAACAGGUCAUGAGCUUGCAAGCAGAGUUAACCUAUGUUCAGGCAACCCUUGCGACAAUGCAGUGCGUUCCGAUCUCGCCAUCUCCAUCUCUUCGAAACCCUCAAAACUCUUCGCCGACUCCACAUUCUUCCUCGGAUCACUUAGGAACGAAUGCAGACAUGUUGAGUGCCUCUAAUUACAUGUCCAUGCACAUUGAUCCUCAUCAACCACUUUCAGCAUCAUUGGACUUGAGUAGCUUCUUCAAUCAAUCAGAUCAACAACAACUUGAGGAUGAUGAACUCCAAGCUUUGGCUAGAGAAUUUGUCUCUAGGUACUUGCCUGGAGUGAGAUUUCAGCCUUCUAAUUCUAACUAAGGUUUCUUUCUAUCAUGUCAUUUUUGUUGCAAUUCCAUGCUAAUGUUUUUUUUUUUUUGGAAUUUUAUGUCUAAUGAAAUUUUAACUUCACUUCA